GCUCAGUUUAUUUCGGUCAUCGACACAAUCAAGACGGACUGUGUAAUGGAUCCGUUACGUCCAGCAAACAUGGAGGAAUUGAAACAUCUCAUUGGCAUCUACAAUCAAUUUCUUCCACAGUCGAUACAGUUUUUGUCACUAUUGCAAAAUAUUUUACGUACCAAUCUCACACUUCACGACACUGAUAAGGAGCAAGUCUCCCAUCGACUACAAAAAACUGUUUACAUUCCCAACAAUGAGAAAGGAAAUCGUUUGGCAACCUUUGUAGCCAUCAGUCGUGAAGAGGACCUAUACAUCUUUAUAAAUACAUUCGAAGAUCCCCCUACGGAGCUUACGCACGCUCUCGAGCACACCACUUACAUUAAAUGGGAAAUAAAGCCUAUGUUUGUGAUAGGUGAUAACAGUGAAAUUCGUGCAAAGCUGUCUCAGUUAAUAGUGGAACCUAAAGUUCAGUUCAAAAGUUCGUCAGAUUGUGUUAACUAUUGGAUGCCACAAACAGAAGCUGCUAAGCUUAGUUAUAUCGUUCCAGCCGACGUAAAUUUAAAGCCAUUACAAGUUCAACAUGCCAAACAAUUAAACGAAUGGUGGCCAUAUCGCUACAGGACAUCGCAGCAGUACUUCGAAUCUGCCAUUAAAUAUUUCGGGGCUUUCGGUUUGUUUGACAAAAAAUCGGGAGAGCUAGUAGCAUGUGUGUUCCAGAAUGAUCAUGACGCUGUGGGACACCUAUAUACAGUCCCCGAACGUUGCAAUCGAGGCUACGGAUGUACUCUUGCAAAGGCUAUAACUAAACAUAUUGCUGUUCAAUACAAGCAAGAUGUGCAUACUUUCAUCGAUGGAAAUAAUGAAAGAUCAAAAAGACUAUUCAACAAAAUAGGAUACAAAGCUGUUAGCCGAACUGAAUGGCUUGUUGCAUCGAAACAUUGAUACAAAACAUUGAUUCGCAUGGCAAAUCAGCAUGAAACAAUGCUGUUGAUAAAAUAGUUUCUUCUCAAAAUUUAUAGAGCUGCGAAAAUAAAACUGAAACUUGCUAUUUCCAAUGAAAUUAA